CCCCGCCCUCCACCCCUUCAGUCAGUCGGAUUCCUCCCGCCCUCGGGGGGUUGCGCAUGCGCUCGGGACCAUGGACCGGUUGGAGGCGGGGCUGGGCUCAGGGGAGGAGUCUACCCAGCAGCCCCCGCUCCUCCCUCUCCGUCGGAGAGGGCGUUGCCGGACGCGCUCGGAAGAGCCAGGGGGCGGGGCCUUCUUCACGAGCUCGGGCUCGAGCUCGAGCGGCAGCAGCGAGGGCGACGAGGACAUCUGGUGGCGCGUGCAGCGGCGCGCCAAGAUACCGAAAGUGCGCAUGCGUCUCCCUGCGCGGCCCAGCCCGGCGCAGGCGCAGAAGCAGACGAAUGCUUUAGAGCGCACGCGCGGAGCGCAGUGGGGGCUACCGGCUCUGGCCGCCAUGGAGCGAAAAGUUCUGGCGCUGCAGGCCCGGAAGAAACGGACCAAAGCCAAGAAGGACAAGGCCCAGAAAAAGCCUGAAACUCAACAUCGAGGCCCUGCUACUCAUUCAGAGAAUGAUCUCCCUGAACAAGAGGAGGAAAUCCUGGGAUCAGAUGAUGAUGAACAGGAGGAUCCAAAUGAUUACUGUAAAGGUGGCUAUCAUCUUGUGAAAAUAGGAGAUCUAUUCAAUGGGCGAUACCAUGUGAUCCGGAAACUAGGAUGGGGGCACUUUUCCACGGUGUGGCUAUCUUGGGACAUUCAGGGGAAAAGGUUUGUGGCGAUGAAAGUAGUGAAGAGUGCUGAGCAUUACACAGAAACAGCACUGGAUGAAAUCAAACUGCUGAAAUCGGUCCGCAACACUGACCCCAACGAUCCAAAUAGAGAGAUGGUGGUUCAGUUAUUAGAUGACUUCAAGAUCUCAGGAGUGAAUGGCUCCCAUAUCUGUAUGGUGUUUGAAGUUCUAGGGCAUCAUCUCCUGAAGUGGAUCAUCAAGUCAAAUUACCAGGGCCUUCCACUCCCCUGUGUCAAAAGAAUCAUCCAACAGGUUCUGCAGGGUCUGGAUUACUUGCACACAAAGUGUCGGAUCAUCCAUACAGAUAUUAAACCCGAGAACAUUCUGCUGUGUGUAAAUGAACAGUACAUCCGCAGGCUGGCUGCAGAAGCAACAGAAUGGCAGAGAUCUGGGGCGCCCCCUCCUUCUGGCUCUGCAGUGAGUACUGCACCCCAGCCCAAACCAGCUGACAAAAUGUCAAAGAAUAAGAAAAAAAAAUUGAAGAAAAAGCAGAAACGGCAGGCGGAACUACUGGAGAAGCGAAUGCAGGAGAUAGAGGAGAUGGAGAAGGAGGCAAGCCCUGUACAAACACAGCCUGAAGAGCAGGAAGAAGCUCGGAACUCUCUUGAGAUGCUCUUAAAAGAGAGCCCACCUGAUGAAGGGGUACAAGGAAAGCUGGAUGAAGUUGCCCAUGUACAAGAGCAAACUAUCCUAAUGGAAGGCAGCAUGGGAAAAUGCAUACCUGAAAUCAACUGCAACGGCGUGGUACAGAUGACUGUCUUCUCAGACUCCAGCAACCAAGGGUCUGGGAGGCUUGAGGAGGACCUUCAUAAUGCCAAUGACUGUGAUGAACACCCUCUGGCACAGGAAGAGGACGGCUUCCAUAGCUGUAAUUACAGCCAGCGUAACGGAGACUCAGAGAACAGGUCGCGAGAAGUAAUGUCGGACUCAUGCGUGCCCUUAAUUUCAGAGGUGCUACAUUCCAUGGUAUAUCAGCCAACUUCAAGUGAAGAGCAAUCGUUCAGUGAGCAGGAGAUCAGCCAGUUGCAAGAGAGUAUACGUGCAGAGAUACCCUCAGAGGAUGAGAAUGAGAAUAAUGGGCCAUCUGAGAACAAAGGAAAAUCCACUGCUGGGAAUUUUCUCCUUAAUCCCCUUGAGCCCAGGAAUGCAGAUAAGCUCAAAGUGAAGAUAGCUGACCUAGGAAAUGCCUGCUGGGUGCACAAGCACUUCACUGAGGACAUUCAGACAAGGCAGUACCGGUCCCUGGAGGUGCUGAUAGGAUCUGGGUAUAACACCCCUGCUGAUAUUUGGAGCACAGCCUGUAUGGCCUUUGAACUAGCCACAGGAGACUACCUGUUUGAGCCCCACUCUGGAGAAGACUAUUCCCGGGAUGAAGACCACAUUGCGCAUAUUGUAGAGCUGCUAGGCAGAAUUCCAAAGCACUUUGCCCUAUGUGGGAAAUAUUCACAGGAGCUCUUCGAUCACAGAGCCCACCUAUCAAUGGAGACUAGGGUUCCCCAGGUCCCUGAGUUCCUAGAGUGUUGGGAACUACAAGCCAAGGAUUCUCCUAGUGGAGGAAUCGAACUCUGGACUUCAUCCGUUCCCUCCCAGUUAGUGAAGAAAACAAGAAUGACAAGUUUUCCAAAUGGAGAUCACAUUGCAUUGAUCAUAGAACUUCUGGGGAAAAUACCUCGCAAGCUCAUUGUGGCAGGAAAAUAUUCCAAGGAGUUUUUCACCAAAAAAGGGGAUCUGAAACACAUCACCAAACUGAAGCCCUGGGGCCUUUUUGAAGUUCUGGUGGAGAAAUAUGAGUGGUCCCAAGAUGAGGCAGCUGCAUUCACAGACUUCUUAUUACCUAUGCUGGAGCUGAUUCCAGAAAAACGAGCUACAGCAGCUGAGUGUCUCAGGCACCCCUGGCUUAACUCCUAGGGCUUCAACGCAACACCACAGCCCUACACUCUGGUUUACAGUAUAGCAUACGUACACCCAGCUGUUCCAGCUGCCCCUCCCCAGAUCCAUUUUUUUCCUUUUGUUCCUUUUCAGUGUGAAGCUAUUCCUCCAAGGCUUCCGAGAUUUUAGAUAAAUUUAACCUGUUCAGUUGAGUUUGCUUAUUUAAUUAAGCGGAGACUCUUCUCAGCCAGUGGGCAUCCUGUGAGCUUUGCCUUGAUUGGGCUUUGCCAAAGAUUAAUUGACUGUCUGGAAUACAAAGUUGCCCCUGAGUCUCUUACCUGUUCGUGUAGGCGUGAGCUGAUCUGCAUUAGUGUAUGCUCCCUUAACUAAAUUACACCCAUGAAGGGGAUAUGAAGAUCUGUGACUCCAUCCUUAGCUCACUGACUCUGGGAGUCAAUUUUCCACUGCAGGUCGAGUAGCUAGCAGGAGGAUGAGAAAUGGCAGAUUGGUACCUGGGUGAUAACUCCAUGUGGAACAGCUAACUUGAAAUCCUCCACCCAUCCCUAGGUGUCUGAUGUGUUUCUUGGGUGACUUCUUUCCAGUCAAAUAAUUUCUUUAGUUUUAGCCACUGAAUCCAAUGAAAAGCUGUAUUUAAAAACUAUUUUUAAUACCAUUAUUUUUCCCCAGUGUUCAGAUUAGUUUCUGACUUCAGUGAAACCUGCUACGCUCCCUCAAAUGCCUGAACCCUUGGACUAAAAUGUCACAUGGAAAAUAAAAAAGCAAAAGCUGGAACUGGUUAAAUGCACAAUCUUCAGAAUAGAUGUGUGCUUGCUUUGCUGGCAGAGUGGUAGUUGGGCUGCAGGCAACUCUUCCUAGACAUUUGAGUGAGCUGUAUUUCUCCCCCACCCUCCCCCAUACUGGCACUUCCUUUGCCUUGCCUGAAGUUGUCAUUGCAUCAGUGAGCAGUUGGUAUUCAGUCUGGAAGAUGGGAUGUACUUUUUUAUUUUGACCAUUCAGUUGCGAAGAGGGGCUGGUGGUAUCUGUGUGUCACAGCCACACUGUGUUCCCUGACUUCGAAACACCACAUUUCCAAAGCUUAAUGUAAAGAUUUCUACUGUUAGCUUGCCUUAGGUGCUGGCCUUUAGAAGCAACUUCCCCAAAUGGGAUUGCCUGUUGUUUUCUGAGACGAUUGAGUACUUGGGGAUUAACACAAGGACAAGUGAACUACAUGGUUUGGCUUUUUCCUGUAGACAUAAUCAGCUUCUGUUUCCUAGAAUCACCCCAAAAAUGGGUGUCCCAGGAGAAUAUUAUAUAAGGUUUUUAAACUUCUCAGAGAGGGCUGGGUGUAAAGGAGGUUUGUGGGGGCAGUUAUUUUAAUUCAAAGUUAAAGCAUUGUAGUGUUUGCUAGUUUUACGAUGCGUCUCUCCUAGGCUUUCCUAAGUGAUUACAGAUUCAUUGCGUCCUACUCUAAAGCAAGGUUUUGGCAGGGUAGGGACUUGAACAGCCCUUCCUCACCAUGGACCAAACAGACCUUUGGGAUCAAGAAAUUCUCAGAGGACAGAAGCUGCCUCAGGACUCUGGAACUCCCAGAAGGCCAAGAAGGCACUAUUUGAGACAGUAACACCAAAGCUGCCAGUGAGGCUGUUACAUGUCACUCGUGAAUGUGUGUGUAUGUUUGAGAUCUCAGUUUAUAACAACCUUCCAUCCACAAAAGCUGGUGUCCUUAUUUAAUCCACUUUAAAGGUAUAACCAUCUUGCCCUAUAUUUUCUUGCUUGUCCAGUCUAACACCGACUGGGCCAUUGAUGAAAUCCAUGCUGCAUGUCCAUUUAGGGGUUCUUAAGUCAGGUUCUCUAUGCAUAAUCUAAGAUUAAAGGAAAUAAAUAUACCAAAACAGUUUAAAACUGCUGAAUGAUUUUCCUGCAAUCUGGAAUUCCUUCCCUCAGCUCCAAGAGUCGCUUCUUUUUCUGUUGCAAAGGGAUUACAUACAGGACUGGACUGUGUAUUACUUACCUUCUGUUUUAAUACUGUGAAGACUUUUUGGCAGGGUGAAUGGAACUUCUGGUGGCACCACUAGAGCUCACUCUGCUCGUGCACUUCUGCAACCUGGCUGACCUAAAGGAAUGAGAUACUCAUAGAGGGGUCUGCACAUUAGGUUCUGAGGUAUCUGUUCCCCCAUCACCGCCAGAAGAGGACUUUUUCCUCUAUCUCAGUAAAAGAGCCAGCUUGUGGGUUGAAGACACAUAGAGGCAGCUGUCAAGAUUCAGUCUUGUCCCUUGUGCUCGCUCACUUGGGGUUCACUAAACUUCCAAAUUGCCAUAAAGUGCUCACUAAAGGAUUUGUACUCGCUGUGUUCGUCUAAAACCUGAAGGAAAAUACAUUUUUAUUCUUUCUACUUGAGUGCAUUGUCUUUUCUUUGUAAAUGCCGUACAAUAAAACAGAUUAUUUAAUAACCCA